AUGAUUUUAAGCAAAGAAAACAUUCUCGAGCUUGCGCAUGAAUCAAACAUUCCUUCACCAGAAGAUUUGAUAAAAUUUUUAAAGAAGGAAAAUAUGGCUCCCGCGGUAGUAAAAAUCAAGAUUAUUCCCCCCAGUAUGAAUAGCCCAGAACUAGAUAAGAAUAUUGACUUAUUAACUAGAUUUAUUAGCGGGGUUAGCACCCUCAACCUUUAUCAUGCAAUGUCUGGAUUUGAUAUCGACCAUGUUGAAGAAACUACAAAAUACAUGAAUGAGAAGGCCAAAUCCUUUUUCGAUCUAAUAAAAGGAAAAUUGAUGUCAAUAAUUUUACCUGAAGAGACUCACUCAUUUCUCCAUUUUGAAGAUACUACUACAUCCGUUGAACUUCAUCUUAGUCUUCUGAAAGAAUUGUUUGCAAGCUUUAAAUUCAAACCCGACGUCACGCAACAAUUGGACUCAAUUCUCACAUUUGUUGGAGACAAUUUGAAAUCACUUGGACUUAAUUGGCGAGAGACAAAACAAAAUAUUGGUUUCUUUACUAAUGUCUUUUAUGUCGAGUCUGGGAAAAUAAAGUUACGUGCAUUCUACUUACACAUCGAGAAUGAAUCAUGGAGUGUCCACAUUGGUAAAUCUGCAGUUGCUGGUCGCGAGAAGUUCGCUAUGGAUUACGAUGACCUCUUAUUUAAUUUGAGUGAUGGUGGGAUGGCUGACAACAGGGAGUUUAUGAAAGGUAUAAUUGAUAAGAUCACAAGCGGUGGUAGACAAGAUAUAAUGGAUUUUCUUGACGGUAAACGUGUGAAUGUCUAA